AUUAAAUUAUGGUUGUUCUAUGUAGAUCUGAAGGCCUAAUUUAUAAUACGUAUAGUCUGCUAGCAAAUGCAUGGUGUUAGCUGUACAAGAAGGAUUACCUAUUUUCCUGACCAAUUCGAAAUGCUUUGGUCAAGCGCCAAUUGAUGAAUUACAAUAAGAUUGUUAUCCAGCGUUUUCCUAGUGAUCAUAAUUAGCAUGAAGAACCGAAAAUUAACAAGUUACUGGAAUUGAACAUUUCUUCAGUGGUGCAGGAUAUAUGGUGAGGAACCAAACAUGUCAGGUUUAUCAGGUAUUGACCUACUACCUCACUUAAAAAAUCACAUCAGGACACAAACCGAAGAAAAAUCACGGGUAGGAGAGACUAAGUCAUACAAGUGUGAUGUCUGUAGUAAGGAAUUCCAAUUCCUAUGUGGAUUGCGGAGUCAUGACAGAAUACACAAGGCAGAGGUCUAUAAAUGUGACGUCUGUGGAAGGGAGUUCAAAUUCUCAUCUAAACUCCGACGUCAUGUCCGGACACAUACCAGAGAGAAGCCAUACAAGUGUGACGUCUGUGGGAAGGAGUUUAAGGAAUCGUGUCAAGUUCGGGAACACUUGAUGAUACACACCGGGGAGAGACGGCAUGCUUGUGACAUCUGUGGUAAACAAUUUAUCAAAAUAUACGGUCUACAGGUUCAUAUCAGAAAACAUAGAGGUGAGAAGCCUUACAAGUGUGGUGUGUGUGGUAAGGGGUUCAAUGUAGCGUCACAUGUACGAGAACAUCUGAUGACACACACCGGGGAGAAGCCUCACAGUUGUGACCUAUGUGGUAAGUCAUUCAGUCAGGCUACCAACCUACGAACACAUAUGAAAAUACAUACAGGAGAGAAGCCGUACAAGUGUGAUGUUUGUGGGAAGGCGUUUAGGGACACAUCACGACUUCAAAUACACACACGGACACAUACUGGGGAGAAACCGUGUAAGUGUCACGUUUGUGGUAAGGGUUUUAGUCAGCCCACAAACCUAAAGACACACAUCAGGAUACAUACAGGAGAAAAGCCAUACAAAUGUGAUGUGUGUGGGAAGACAUUCAGUGACCCAUCAGGGCUGAGGACUCACACUAGAUCUUGUAAGGGAGAUAAUUAAUUCAAUUUUCGUGUUUACAUACAAAAGUGAUACAUCAGUGAGGAGGUAGAUCAUAAAGAGUCAAAGUAUAUUUAAAGUACUGUAUAAUGUAUAUUUAAAGUACUGUAUAAUGUAUAUUUAA